CUGAGUUCUUCAAGAGGUGACCAGAUUUGCUCAGAGAACAAUAUCCUGAUUUACAUAUAGGUAUGUGAUGUCAAAUCAGUAGGCUGUCCUCAGUAGCCUCCCACAUACUAUAGUAACGUCAUGUGCCAGUAUGAAUAUUAACACAGACAUGCAUACUUCAGUGCUCUGCAACCAAAGAAGAGGAAAAGAAAGAGUACAUUUGGAGAACAAAUGACUAGGAAACAUUGCCUGGCUAACUUCUGUUGAGAACAUACCAUCCCCUUUUCUGCUGAUGAAGAGCUGAGCGGAUUCAGGCUUUUUCAAAGAUCUUUUUAAUCUAAUUUUUUUUUACACUUUGGAUUUCAGGCUCUGAACUGCGCCAGGUACUAGCACUGGACAGCAAUAUGUGUCAUGUCAUUGUCACUUGCCGCUCAAUGCUGUGGACACUCCUGAGUAUUGUUGUGGCUUUCGCAGAGCUCAUAGCCUUCAUGAGUGCUGAUUGGUUGAUUGGCAAGGCAAAAUUUGGGAGCUCUCACAACAGAGACAAUGGGACAGGAGGAUCACUGGAACCGUAUCGUCCAACCUUGGGGAUAUAUGAACGUUGCACCCGAAUCCAGCACGUGCCGUACUCCAGGCGAGACACACAGUGUGGCCCCUAUGCGGAGAACUUCAGCGAGAUUGCCAGUGGCUUCUGGCAGGCUACCGCAAUUUUCCUAGCCCUGGGGAUCUUGAUACUCUGUGCUGUCGCAUUAGUAUCCGUCUUCACCAUGUGUGUGCAGAGUAUUAUGAAGAAAAGUAUUUUUAAUGUCUGUGGGCUGCUACAAGGGAUUGCAGGUCUCUUCCUUAUCCUAGGCUUGAUCUUGUACCCUGCUGGCUGGGGUUGCCAGAAGGCAAUAAGCUAUUGUGGACCUUAUGCUUCUGCUUAUAAACUUGGAGAGUGUUCCUUGGGUUGGGCUUUCUACACUGCUAUAGGUGGCACAGUCCUGACCUUCAUCUGUGCCGUUUUCUCUGCCCAAGCUGAAAUUGCCACCUCCAGCGACAAAGUACAAGAAGAAAUCGAAGAGGGGAAAAGCCUUAUUUGUCUUCUUUAAUGAUCCAAGAAAUCCUUCAGUGUCUCGGGUGCAUUGGGUUCAAGUGGCUUAGCAAAUGGACUCCUCUGAGUGAUGGAGACAUGAGCUUCCUGAAGACCAGGCACUCUUCUGCCUGUCACUUGAUGGUCACUGAGGACUAUGGGCAGAAUAAGAAGAAAAUGAUGCUAUGGAAAUUCUGGCACCUAGCUGCAUUGGCAGGAUGCUGCAAAACUCAUGUUGGCUUCACAUGUAUAUGAACAAGUGCCUGACAGUUGCAGAAAUUAUCCAGUCUUUUUGACAUUCAGCACCAUGAAGGAAUCCUCAGAAGUAUUUCGUUGAAAAUGCCAGCAUUUUCAAGUAUGCACAGAACAAGAUGCCCUAAACCAGGCUUUGAUUUCAAGGGCUGUCAUCUUUAGUCACUUGGUCAGUGGUAACAUUCUCCAAAGCACCUUUUUUUAAAGCACAGCAGGUAAUGUUGUAUAGGACACGUGGGAAAGGUUGUGCUGAGGAAGCAAGCAUUAUCCAAACUCAAGCUAUUUGGGAGGUGGGGGGAGACUAUCUAGAUUUUCGUUUCAGCAGGGACAGUAAGCAAUAUAUUGCCCAGUAAAUAUACCGGAGGCACAGAGUUACUACAAAGAAGUACAGGGUAGUGUAGUAGCCAGAAUCAAAGCUAAAUUUUGUUGGUCCCAUAGCACAGGCACACUGUGUAGUUGACCUACCUGUAUAGAGUCAUAGGCAAAGCAAGUAUUCUUACUAGUUUGAAGUACUGAGCCCCUGAAGUUGUGCUUAGGCUUUAUCCAGUAGCAAGCUUUGUACAGGAACUGUCGUUGAUGGACAUAGCGUGAGACUUGCAACAUCUGCUUCUUGCCGUCAUUUCAACUACAGACUGCCAUCGUUGUCAUUCCAGCACAGAUAUUAAAGAAGCUACACUGCCCCAUAAGAGAAACCACGUUAAGCUGUAAUAUUUUUGAAAAGCUCUUUUUACAUUUGCAUUACAUUGAUAGGAAAUACUGAUGAAUGCUGUCAACAGCAAUGGUUCCACCUCAUUCUUUAGGAUUUUAUGAAAACACAUUCAGAUAAAAGAGCUGUGUGCUGCAGUGGUGGAUAUAGAAACAAGAAGGGCUACCUAAUGGCUGACUUGCAAAUUUAGGUAUUACAUUUGCCUUACUAACACUGAUAAGCAGUAGAACACACAAAGGACGUAAAAGCAAGGACGACAGAGCAAAACACGAUGUCAACCACUAAUGACGACCACUUAUUUUUACCAUACCUAUUUUUUUAAUCGAGAUAGCCAAUGAAAAGGAAUGUCUAACCCUCUGAGGAUGGCUGCAUGAUCUUUUAACCACUGUUAUACAGUAAAAGUAUUCCCAGAAGGCAUUUGUGAAGUAAUAAGUGACAAGCUAUGCACAUACGUAUUUUGUGGGCUGUUACCAUCUGUGUCAAUCUGUUGAUUGACAAGCUGCCUUUGCAAAGCUGAUGCUGGUGCCAUUUGUUUAAAACCUUGUAUAUACCAUCAACAUGGGGAUCUCAGGGCCAUGAAAGGGGGCUGUACAAGACAUGCAAAGCAUAGUAAAUGUAAGGAUGUACUAACUAGAGAAGACUAUAAGUAUGCUAAUGAGAGGUUUGCAGCUCAAUAAACAAGACUUCACACUAUGAUGCUGGGGUCCGGCAAGCAAAGCAACUAAUUUUUCCUAGUUUGCAAACCCAACUAAUCUUGUUCUGUUAUUUGUAGAGGUGCAGAACACAACUUGUGACCUGAGCCAAAUACAGUGCACUAUUGUGACCUGCCAAGCAACGGCAAACCUUUCCUGUGUACCACCCCAAAUAUAUUUUUUUUUAAGUUCCUCCUGGAAAGCAGCAAAACCAGCCCAAUUUAAGGGGCCAGUGGAUCGCUAUCCAUGCUAGUGAGCUCUCUUUGGCUCAGUAAGUCACGUUGUGAAGAACUGGGCCAAAGGUAGUAUGCUGAGAUAACUGCAGUGAAAAGCCUCUCUUAAUUCACGUGAAGAAUUGCUGUGGCCAAAUCCAGGUGUGCAUUAAUAGUUUUCUAGAGUUUCCUUUUCCAGCGAUGUACACUAGAAUGGCCAUUUCACAUAAUACUAAAAAGCACAUUGGAGAUUAUGCAUAACAGACCCAGUUUGGUGUAGUGGUUAAGAGCGGU